AUGAAACAAGAUUUUUUCUUGUUUGGAAUAUGCAAGAAACUAGCUUUGAAUGGAAUUGUAGUGGUGCUAAAAACAAGAAAUGAAAAAAGGGGUUUGGAAGCAAUGGAAAGAUUGAAAGAGUUUAGACUAUCAGACUUUGUGGUUUUUCAUCAACUUGAUGUGACAGACCCUUCCAGUGUUACUUCCUUAUCACAUUUCAUCAAAACAAGAUUUGGAAAACUUGAUAUAUUGGUGAAUAAUGCAGGUGCUCAUGGGGGAAUAAAAAGGUGUGAAAUAUUCUAUUGGAAUCUGAUAGUGUAUCAAAAUUAUGAGUUAGCCAAAGAAUGUGUUGAAACAGAUUUCUUUGGUGUAGAGAGAGUAACUGAAGCUCUUCUUUCUCUGGUCCAACUCUCCACUUCACCAAGGAUUGUCAAUAUCUCUAGUCAAAUAGGACUAUUGAAGGCUUGGGAAACGGCGUGGCUGCCGGAGGACUUAACAUCGAAAACGCGAGCUCCAUGGGAAAGCGACAUCAACUUCCCUUUCUCCUCUUCCUCCCCCGCAGCGGCGGUUGACACCGUGGCCGAGGCCGACGAGGAGACGAAAGCGUUCGUGGCGGAGAUGAACAAGAAUUGGAACGAGCGCCGAAGAGGAUCGAAAGAGAAGGAGAAGAGGGAAGAAAAUGGCGCGCUUUACAGCGUGAAGAAUAUGAAGAAGGAUUAUUGA